GAUAUGCAGAUGGAAGGAGAAGCUGCCUAUUGCUUAGGUUUAGCAUAUCAUUUUGCUGGAGAAGAACAGACAGCAAUACCAAUUUUGAAUACCUCUGUGAAAAUCUUCACAGCACUGUGUGAUUCAACUGGCCUAGGCAGAGCAUAUGAAGCUAUAACCAAGAUUCUGGUAAGUCAAGGAAAAGUGGCUGAAACUGUUACACACUUGGAAGAGUUUGUGAAGGUUGCUGAGAAUGCUCAUCUCAGCCGAAGCCUGGUGGAUGCGUGUGUGUUACUUGGGAAUCUUUGCAAUGAAAGA